AUGCACGCCUCCGCUGCGGCCCUCUACGUCGCGCGGUGUGCGUGCGACGGCGAGGCCUGGGCGGACGGCUUCGCGCCCGAGGGCGCCAGUCGUUUGCUACUUCGCGCUCUCUCCCCCGACCACCUCCUCGCUCUGCCGCGGUGCGUCGCUUCGUGCCUCUUAACAGCGCUGGUGCCAUCGGUCGCAGCGGUCGAAAUCGCUGACGGCAACGUCAACUAUUCAUUCCGGGUGUACCGGCGGGGCUGCCGAUCGCUCUUCCUCAAGCGCGCGACGGGGUAUUUGAAGUGGCAGCCGUCGAUGGCGCUCGAGGCGGAGAGGAUGCGGCGCGAAGUGCAAUACUACCGCGAUGUCGCGCAGCUGCUGGGCGAGGCUGACGCUGACGCGCUCUUGCCGCGGCUGCUCCACUUUGACGAGCGCCGGAUGGUCGUGGUGAUAGCCUUUUUGGAGGACCACUCCCUCCUGAUUGAGCGGUGCUUUGCGUCGGAGGAUGGGGUGCCUGGAGACGCAGCCGCGGCCCUCGGACGCUACUUGGGCACGGUGCACGGUAGGACACUCGAGCGGCCCGGGCGCGAGGCCCAAACAGCGGAGCGAGCGGUCGCGUACUGGAAUCACGCGCUGCGCGCCGUGCAGCUCGAGCACGUCUUCACAGUCUGCUUCGAGGCGUCAGAGCGCGGCCGCGUGCUCGCCAAGGACGCCGCCUUUAUGUCCGAGGUGAGCGAGUUAAAGGCUCUUUACCUCGGCUACUCCCUCCGACCAGGCGACGUGCGCGCGCUCUGCCACGGCGACCUGCACGCCGGCUCAGUGAUGGUUAGCAAAGACGGCGGCUCUGUCAAGGUAAUUGACCCAGAGUUCGCGGUCUGGUGCGCGCCCGGCCUCGACGUUGGCUCCCUCCUCUUCGCGCUGGUGUGCGGCUUCAUCUUUCGGCUCGAGACGUGCAGGGCAACGGGUUCACGCGCGGUUGGCACGGCGACAUACCCGCUGACCUCUCUUCGCGAAGCUAUCGCGCGGGUUUGGGAGGCGUACUCUGCGGCGCUCACCGCUGAGGGGGUGGAUGAAAACGCCGUGGAACGCAUCGGAGAGGACGCUGUCGGGUUUGCCAUGCUUGAGGCGAUCCGCACCUCACUCGGCUUUGCUGGCGCGCGGGACCCAGGCCGGCGGCUGACGGAUCCAAAGGCACUGGAGCGAUAUCAGGAAUCCGUUGUGCGGCUCGCGCGGCGGUGCAUGCUCGGCCGCCGCGCGGAUCGCGCUUUCUCCGCCAACGUCCAGGACGGCGGCUCGGUGUUUGGUAUCGACCUGCUGCUCGCCGAGCUGGACCGUGCGCAGAGGGGGAUCUUUAGCAACACCAAACAAACCCCGUAA